AGAUAAUAUAAAUUAAUAACUUUAUGGAUUAACAUAUUGGAAUGGAAGCUGAACAACUUGAAUAACUUCAUUAAUCAGGUUAAUAGUAUAUAAAUUUUAAAUAGGUAACAUAGAAAAUGAGGCUAUGGGAGAUGUGGAUAAAUAUUUUUAAUCUUCUCAUGCAAAUAGAAAGGAAUUGCCAGUGAUUAGAGUAUUUGAGGAUUCUUGUUCAGAUUUACCUCAAUCAGAUUAACCUUUUGAAAAUUAAGGAGAAUCAAUAUUUGAUGAUUUAGGUCUUGAAAAACUCAAAAUUUAAUCAGUUCAUAGUGAUGGAAGAGCAACAUCUUGGAGUCACACUGAAGAUAAUAAUUCUUUAAACAAGCAAUAUUUGAAAAGGCCUCGGACAAGACAAUAAUUAAGUAACAAAAUUGUAGAGAGCAAUUCAGAAUUAUUUAAUGUACACUAUGCUAAAAGUCUUUAUACAAGCAAGAUCAGUUAAUUAGUUGAUAAAUAAAUUUCAACAAACCCAAAAUCAAAUAGACUUUCGUAAUUAUAUAUAUAAAUUAAUUUGAUAGAAAGAGUCAACAAAAAAUUAAAAGAAAGUCAUCACAUUAACUAAUCGAAACUUCGGAUCAAUCUGAGUAAAAAAGUUCUUAACAAUCUGGAUGUGAAAUGUCAGAAGAUAGAUUAGCUAGAAAUAGAGUAGCUGCUAGAAAUUCAAGAGCAAGAAAAAGAUUAUAUUUUGAGUUAUUAGAAACGAAGGUUAAGGAUUUAUAGGAUGAAAUUGAUAGAUUAAAUGAACUUUGCUAAAAUUAAGCUAAAUAAAUCUAAAAAUUUAAGGAGAAUUAAGAAAAUGUAAUAAUUUAAAAAUCAAUUAAGUACUAAUAUCUAUUAGAGAAUCAGAAAAAAUUGAUUGAAUAAUUAGAGGUUUGUUAAAUCAAAGAUUAAGAUUAAAAUACAACUUAAUUUGUUUUAGAAUAAUUGAAAGAAUGCCAAUUGAAUUUUGAUAAGAAUACUAUUGGAAACUAAUAUAUAGAUAAUUUAUUGGAGAUUUUGUUACCCAUAGAAUUAAAAUAUAUUCUCUAUAGUUAUGAUCAAAACAAAGAUAUAUUAUCUGAUUUUUAAGGGUUAUUUAUUAAAUUAUAUAUUUAGUUCAUUUUUUGAAUGGACUAAAGAAACAUUUUAGCAUAUGGAUAUUAAUUAAGAUUAAUCUAGAAGAAUAAGAAAACAUAAGGAGAAGCUAAAUAGUGUUAAAAAAAGUAUUACAGGGUAAUAUAGAAAUGGUUUUAUUUUUUUAGUUGUAUAAAUAAUCUUUACAAUUCUGUAAAGAUGAUAAUAAAUGAAACGCAGAAAAUUGAAUAAAUUUGGAAAUCUAUUUAUGAAGUUUUGGAACCAGUUUAAUUAAGAUCAUUGCUUUUGAUAAUUCAUUAAGUAAAAUUUUACAUAGAAAAUUUUUAGAAUUAACACAGACCAGCCUUUGAUUGUAGUAAUUUAUUUAGUGAUUGUAAAUAUUUCAGGCAAAAUCCAUAAGUAAUAAAGUUAAUUAUACUUUUUAGAGUUAAAAUAAUCCAAACUGUUAACGGCCUGCAAAUCUAAGAUAAUAUGUGAAAAAAAUAAUUGAUUAAUGA